AUGCUCAGGGAGCUUCGAGGCUCUCGGGGCGGGCCUUGGGCAGGUGGGGGCGGGCAGAGCCUCGGCUUUUGGCAGCAUCACAACAGGCAGAGGCAGCGCAGGAGCCGGCGGCUGCUGCGGAGGAUGCGAACUUUGCGCUGGCUGCUGCUGCCGCUGGUUACAGGAAUCCACCCAGAAUGCAAAAUAUUCCAGCAGGUGGUCAAAGAGGAGGCUCUCUGCUCAGAACACAACGAAUCUGCCUCACCUGAUCUUAAAGGAUGUGCCAGAGAUUGGGAUGGUUUAACCUGCUGGCCCAGAGCCACUUUUGGGGAAGUGGUUAAAAUUCCCUGCCCACGAUUUUUUGAAGAAUUCACCAGUACCCAUGGUUUCCUUCAGAGGAACUGCACACAGGAGGAAUAUUGGUCAGAGCCAUUCCCACCAUACACCAUUGCCUGUGGCUUUGAUGAAGGUUCCAGUAAAGGACCUGAGGAUCAGAAAUCCUAUUAUUCUGCAUUUUGGCGUGUCUACACCGCUGGCUAUGCAGCAUCCGUGACUUCGCUCAUUACAGCUCUAAUUGUCUUUGCUGCCUUCAGAAAAUUCCACUGCACACGGAAUUACAUCCACAUGCACCUGUUUGUCUCCUUCAUCUUGAGAGCAGUGGCUGUUUUCACCAAAGAUGCUGUUUUGUUUGCAGAUGAAACUAUGGACCACUGCCUCAUGUCCACGGUUGCUUGUAAGGCUGCUGUGGCCUUCUUCCAAUUCAGUAUUUUAGCCAAUUUCUUCUGGCUUCUCAUUGAAGGGAUCUACCUGCAAACCCUGCUGCUGCUGACCUUUGUUUCCAACAAGAAGUUUGUGUGGUGGUUCAUAUUUACUGGCUGGGGAGCUCCCACUGCUGUGAUGUUUGCUUGGGUCCUCACAAGAAUCCAUCAACAGAACACUGGAUGUUGGGAUGAUGAUGAAAAUGGAGUGGUGUUAUGGAUCAUCAAAGGCCCCAUCCUGCUGACUGUAUUAAUUAACUUUAUUAUAUUCAUUAAUGUGAUCAGGAUUCUAGUCCAUAAGCUGAAAUCCCAGGAGGGAGGAGGGAGCCAUUCAAGCCACUUUGUGAGGCUUGCAAAGUCCACGUUGCUGUUGAUCCCCCUCUUCGGGGUGCACUACAUUGUGUUUGCAUUUUUCCCAGAGAGCACUGGGCUGGAGGCUCGGCUCUACAUCGAGCUGGGCCUGGGCUCAUUUCAGGGUUUUGUUGUUGCUCUCCUGUAUUGCUUCUCAAAUGCAGAGGUUCAAACUGAGCUGAAGAAGCAGCUGUGCAGGUGGCAGUACCAGGAGUACCUGACCUUCAGCCACAAGCACGGGGCUUUGUCCAGAGAAACCAGCCCAGUCAACUAUGUCACUCAGCUCUCCCUGCUGGACAAAAUCAGCCCCAAAAGGAGAACCUCUGUGCUCCAGGAUGGUGCCACCACUGUCUGAGGGGCUCCAGCAGGACCAGUUGGUGGGACUCUGCAAUGGGUGGCCAGCUGGGUCCUUUGUGGCUUUCCAUAGCAUCAGGAGCUCUCACCCCAAAUAAUAAAGGGAUGGGACUAUUUUUGGGCUAAAAAUUAUUUAUUGUUCAGAUAAACAGCAGUCUCAGAGGCUGUGAGAUUUUAAAGAAGCAAGAAGGUUUCCAUAGCUCAAAGUAGUCACAAGUUCUUUGUUACAAGGCAAUAUAGAACUUUCUAACCCAAUAGAGAGUUGUUGCAAGGUUUAUUUUGGUUUUCUAACCCAUCAGCUUUACUUAGUUUUGCUGCAUUGCAGAUACUUUUAUCCAAUGGGUUUCUGUCACACUUACACACAUCAGCUUCUGUUAUAACUUCUAAACUCAGCUCACUCCAUACAGCCCCACCACUGCAUUAAAACCCCUUCACCAUCUUAUCAAUAGUUUUUUACUUAAGGCAUAUUCCUACUUACAACUACAGAAACAAAAGUUGAUGAUUUUUCUACUUAAUGCCUGUAUGCUUUAUUUUUCCAUCAAUCCAAGUUCCUUCCAAGGCUGCAGAUCAAACCCUCCUGGCUCUGUGGAAGUUUCUGUCUUUCCAUUUCCCACAAGGAGCCUUCUGUAAAUUCCCUGUCCUGAACAGGAGCUGCUUUUCUCACCUGGCAAAGGUCUGCAUCACAACCCUGGUUCUCUCUCUCCUGAAGCAUAAAACAGCCUUGUUCUGUUGUGAAAAGCCAGACUUUGAGCUAGAGUGAAUCGACAGAUUAGCAAACAAACAAACAAAAAAACCCCAAAACACAAAACAAAAAACCAACCAACC